UUUUUGAGCGUUUUUCGCGUUUUUUGAGCGUUUUGAGCGUAUUUAUUUUAUUCUCAACUGUUUUGAUUUUGAGUUCGUUUGCUAGCUUCAGCUUGGGUGGUACCUACCUACUCUGCAUGAAACUGUAAAAAGGGACCGAAUUUGGCAUAAUUAAUUUAGUACAGUUCCGGAAAACUGUCGACAAUGGCGGACGAUCCGGACGUCCCUAAGAAGAAUGUCAGUUCCGAUGGGUUUGUUAUUCCGAGCGCGGCACCGAUUCGGCCCCGUCCGGCUGGUAGCGCCAACAAGCAGCCCCCCAGCCCUGACCUGCCGCCGCCGCCACCGCCGGGCGGCUCCUCGGAGAAGACGGAGCCCUCAAAGCAGGUCGGUUCGGGCGAUAAGGCAGGGCCGGCGGGCGGCCGGUCGGCGCCGCCGGCGGGCUCGGGGGUGCCGUACCGACCGCCGCGCUGGGCCGGCUGCCCGCCGCGGCCCUACUCCCUGGAGGUGCUGCGCGGCGGCCAGAUCCUGGACACGGUGCCGCUGGAGGAGCGCGCCUGCGUGGUGUUCGGCCGCCUGCCCGAGUGCGACGUGCGGCUGGAGCACCCGUCCAUCUCCCGGUACCACGCGGCGCUGGUCUACAGAGCAUCUGCAGAUGACGAGCAUGAGGCGGGGUACUACCUGUAUGACCUGGACAGUACGCACGGUUCGACGCUCAACAAGAAUCCCAUCCGCCCCAACGUCUACUGCCGGAUGCGUGUAGGCCACAUGUGCAAAUUUGGCGGCAGCACGCGGCUCUUCAUUCUGCAGGGUCCGGAGGAGGACCGGGAGCCGGAGUCGGAUCUGACCGUGACGGAGCUCCGUGAGCUCGGCCAGCGCCGUCAGGAGCAGCAACAGGAGCGACUGGAGCAGCAGCAGGAGCGGCUGGAGCGUCUGGAGACGGAGGAGGGCCGGACAGAGGGCACGGAGGCCGACCGGGGACAGAGGGAGCAGCCGACUGCCGCCGAAACCACCGCAGAGGAGGGCAUCUCCUGGGGCAUGGCCGAGGACGCGGAUGAAGAGUCGGACCUGCAGUUCAACCCGUUCGCGCUCGGAGAGGCCGAGAACGAGCAGCUCUACCUGGUGGACCCGAAGCGCACGCUUCGCGGCUGGUUCGAGCGCGAGGGCCACGAGCUCGAGUAUCAAACCGAGGAGCUGCCCGGCGGCCGGCACAUCUGCCGAAUCACUCUCCCACUGGACACGGCCGACGGAAAGCCGCCGGUGGCCGAGGCGCAGCACGUCGGGAAGAAGAAGGAGGCGGUGUUCCAGUGCGCCCUGGAGGCGUGUCGCCUGCUCGACCGGGCCGGCGUACUGCGGCAGGCUAAACAGGAGAGCCGCCAGACCCGGCGGCGGAAGCAGACCGGUUACGAUUCGGACGACGACGAUACGUUCCUGGACCGUACCGGCGCUGUGGAGCGCAAACGGCAGCGACGCCAGCAGACGACGGCCGCCGAGCAGCCGGCAGAGACCUACCAGAGCCUGCUGGCCCAGUACCAGAAGGUGGAGGCGGAGGCCGCCGCGCUCGAGCGGCGCCUGCAGCAGGCCGAGACGGCCGCCCAGUCGCCUGCCGAGCCGGCCGCAGCUGACGGUGACGAGCUGGACGCGUUCAUGACGCGGCUCAGUCGCGGCGCCAUCGGUGACCGCCAGGAGCGACGCCAACUGCGCGCCCGUCUCAGCCAGCUGCGCUCCGAGCAGGCGCGCCUCGGCCGGCUGGUGAACCUGACGCGGCCGGCCGAGCUGCCGCCGCUCCAACUGCCGCCGCAGGCGGUCUCCGCCCGCUCGCCUCUCACCGGCUUCAUCGGCAGGCGGAAGGGCAAGGGCCCGGCGACACCGGCGGCCGGCCGGCGGGCCGCGUCGCUCGCUGGCGGCCUGGGCCCGGUCCGCGCGCCGGCCGGCCCGCCGAGUGUGACGGACUCGCCCGCUGUGUCAGCGACCCCUGCCGACAGGGACGCCGGCGCCGGCCAGGAGUGUGACCCUGCCGGCGCCGCUCCCACCGGCGACUGCUCCCGGCUGUCGGAGGUCCAGACCGCGGGCAGUGAGGGUGAUAAAGACUCUAAGGUGGAGACUGAACGCACCUCCCCUCCCCCGGCGGGGACCGACGACAGUCCUUCGGCCGGUCGCACCUCCCCUUCCCCAGCGGGGGCUGACGAUGGCUCCGCGGUCGGCUGCGCUCCCCCUCCCCCAGCGGGGGCUAACGGCAGCCCUGCGAUCGGUCCCAAUCUCCCUCCUACAGCAGGGGCUAACGGCAGUCCCUCACCUCGCUCCAGUCCUCCGGAAGAGCCGACCAAGCCAGUCAGGCCGCCCAAGAAACGACGCCAGGACAGAAAGGCAGCGGCUCCCCAGUACUCGGAGCUGGCCGGCGACGGCUCGUACGACGUGUGGAUGCCGCCGGAGGGACAGACCGGGGACGGCCGGACCAGUCUCAACGACAAGCUCGGCUACUGAGAGCUGGAUACGUGUCCGGCGACCCGGGACAGUGACUACUGACGAUCUCUCAUUGUCCAGCGCGUGCACCGCUUCAGUGAGCUCGUGUGGAUGUCCGUUACGCUACUUCCAUUUAACAGAGCGGUAGCAAUAUAAUUAUGUAUUUUUCACAGUACUGCUUGUACAUGUUUUUGACAAUAUAUGGAUACAUGGUGCG